AUGGCAGGUUUUAAACUCAACGUAAAACUGGAAAAUUGGAGUGGCUGUGUGAGGGUGGAGAAGACUGCAAAGAUUUGCAAAAGCAUUUGUAAAGUUUAUGGUGAUGCUGCUGCAGGUAAAUCAAUUGUUCGAAGUUGGUUUGCAAAAUUUAAAGCUGGAGAGCUUAGCUGCGCAGAUGACAGUCUCAGUGGGAGAUCUUCAAAAUUGUAUGAAGGUGUUUCGAAGGGAAAAAUCGAAACUAACUUAAAUAUCACAGCUAGAGAACUUGCAGAUGAGUUGGAAAUUUCUAAAAGUACGGCUCAUGAAUACCUAAUGAAGUCAAGAUGCAUUUCCCGCUAUAAUGUAUGGGUCCCUCACAAAUUCUCUGAAAAGAAUUGCUUAGACCGGUAUUCCGUUUGUGAUAUUCUUUUGAAACGGAAUGAAAGCAUGUUUUUUUUGAAACAACACGUGACUGGAAAUGAAAAAUGGAUUGUGUACCAAAGCGUAGUGCGAAAACUAUCCUAG